CCUAGUGAGAGGUGCUGAUCUUGUUGCUGAACCCAUUGAAAAGAUGGACGUCUUCAGCAGGAGCCUGCGGCAGGUCCUCCCGGAGGCCCAGGUCAGCAGCCUGAAGAGCCCACCACGCCACCUGUCCAGGGUGAAUGGCUGGUCGCCGCCCCUCCACCCCUUCCAGGCUGUAGCCUGGGCCAUCUACCUGGUCUUGUCCAUCUUUGUCUUUGGGAUUGUCAUUCCACUCCUGCCAAGCAUCUGGAAGUACAUUGCAUACUCCGUGACCGGUGUUGUGUUCCUCUUCCACUUGGUUGUCCACCUUAUUGCAGUCACCAUCGACCCGGCUGAAGCCAACGUCCGACUCAAGAAUUACUCCAAGCCCAUGCCCACCUUUGACCGCUCCCAGCACCCACAUGUGAUCCAGAAUCUGUACUGCCACCUAUGCGAGGUCACCGUGCAUGAGAAAGCCAAGCACUGUAGUGCCUGCAACAAGUGUGUCGCCGGCUUCGACCACCACUGCAAGUGGCUGAACAACUGCGUGGGGAGCAGGAACUACUGGUUCUUCUUUUGCUCCGUGGCCUCGGCAUUGAUAGGCCUGCUCUGCACGAAGGUCCUCUUGCUGUACGUCUGCAUCCAGCACUUCAUCAACCCCAACAAACUCCGCACGGAUCCCAGCUACAAAGACAUCAGCGCUGUGACUGUAUGGCUGCUGUUCCUGCCCAGGUGGCACGUGCCUGUGAAGACCCCUGUGGCCCUUUGUAUGAUGGGCGGAAUGCUGCUGGUGGGCGUGGUCAGCUUUGUGCUUCUCGGGCACCUGCUUGUCUUCCAUAUCUACCUGCUGAUCAAGAACAAAAGCACGUUUGACUACAUCAAGCAUGCCCGCUUACAGCAAGGGCCAGAGCCACCAGGGAGGACGCAGCUGGUGCUGCCCGUGAAGGAGGCAGUUCCACAGGCCCUUGGCAAGAAUCAGGUCACCCAGGAAAGAUGUGCUGGGCCCAGAAAACUCCCAGGCCAUCCUGGCUGCUACCAGGGCAGGACAAUGGCUUGCAGCAGGACUGGGCAAGACCAGCCAAGUCCAGCAAAGCACCGCAGACUGAAUCUCGCACAGCCCCUCCACCACCUGCUGCCAUGA